AUGCAUGACAACUGCGCGAAGGCUUAUACAAGUAACUCGCCUCUAGGUCCAUCUUGGUCGAUACCAGAUUUCGCAACAAUAUUUCGUUCCACAGAUUGCAUAGACGAUGAAUUGAACAACGGAGAGAGCAGCUUGAGUGAUGAGAAACUGUCCGAAGUACCCUCUUGGGAUGAUUGUGGUAUUGUGAUGGAUGCGGUUGAACGUCCUCAAUUAUUAUCAUCUCACGGUAACAUCUACCUCGACUUGGGACUCUCGGCUGACUCGGAACUCACUGUUCAUGCCCCCUUGGAUACCGACCCUUUGUCCCCACUAACACACGAAAUCGUGGGGAGAUUGCGAGAAACUAUUUCACACAAGCCACGAAAUAGUUAUAUCACGUUACAGUGGAGCUACGAAGUUGAAAAUCAAUGCCUGGAAUUUUUCUGCCCCGAAAACAUACGUCGUUUCGUGGAUCUUUACUGGCUUACUUGGUAUAUACAUUGGCCAGUGAUCCACAAGUCGACAUUCCAGAUAUCCGAAACACCAUGCACAUUAAUCGCCGCCAUGGUUCUAAUUGGGGCGAGCUAUUCGACUAUUCCGCACGAUCGUGCCAUUGCCAGGACCUAUUGCGACGGUGUGGAAGAAAUUGUAUUUGGCGAUGAGUAUUUUGGUGAUUCAACUGCAUUUUCAGUCUUGAAUGCUGCCUGCCUCGAAAGACGCCUUCGAAGUCUUCAAGCCGCACACGCUAUGUGCCUUUUCCAGGCAUGGGAAGGUGCUUAUAUUGCAAAACAACGAGCCAGAAGACACCGAUUUGGCCUGGUGGUUGCGAUGGCGAGGGAGUUGGGUUUCGCCCACGCCUCUCAUGGAGACCUAGGUUCUCUAACGGAGUCCAAUUUCAAUUGGAAAGAGUUUAUUCUGAAAGAGGAGCUUAUCAGGACCUUGAACUAUAUGGUAGUCCUAGACUGCGGCUUCAUCAUCAUGAAUAACAUGCCUCCAAGGGUAUUUGUUUCGGAGUUGGAAGCCGAUCUCGCAUGCCCCGAAGCUUGUUUUCAAGCAACAUCGGCUUCGGAGUGUUUCAGCUAUUUGCAAGUCUGGCUAUCACACCCCUCGGCCAGUGCCGGCCGGAUAUCAAUUUUAGAUGCAGUGGAACAGCUGGGUCGUAAGGACAUGGAUUGGGAAAAACUGCAGGUUUUCACUCACCUGGGCUAUUUGAAUCUCGGGUUCUUCGCCAUGGGUAAGGUAAUCAUUCUCCAUGUCUUUCAGCAAACUCACCUUCCCAACUUCACAGCUAUCCAUUCAAUUAUUUUCCAGAUUCGAUCUUCAUUGUGCUGGCAAAUCCAGUCAAUACAUAUGGUUCGAAAUUGGCUGCGAAAUUGGAGAACAAUCUGGACUCUCCAAGGGCUCAGCAACACAGCAGAGGCAUUUGGUACGCCGCUUCCACCACGGGAAAUACCAGACAAUCCGGAGGACCGAUGGCGAAAUGCUGGGUUCAUGAAAGAUGCCGCCCAGUUUUGGCUCCUUGCUAAGAUUCUACUUGACAACCUGGAGCGUAAUGGGCACCCGUCUCCUGUGAAUCCCUUUUUCAAGAAGAAUGAGGACUAUGAUCAGGCCAGUAUGAAGCAUCUGAAAAGUCUUCUACGAAGUUUUCGGAGUCAAUAA